AGUGUGUCAGCAGUCCGCGCAGAGCGCAGAGCGCAGCGCCACGCUGAAACAGACCGUCUGUCACAGCGAGGAGCUCCACACCUUUACAGGAUUUGAAAGACAACAAGAGAACAACUCAGAGAACAAGAAUGUCAACAAAAUGACAGAUGAGUCGACUUAUUGAUUAAGAAGAGGGGCAGCCCCACUGCACACACACAUAAUGGCUUUCUGGAUCUUUGGCUGCAUUGUCUGGGUGGUUGGCUUUGAGGAUCCAGGGAUCCACACAGGUGAGGUGAGGACAAGGACAAAAUCUGCAUCUGCCCCAUCUGUCCGUCAACAAACCAAGUGCCUCGGUGCCGGCCACCCUCAGGUCACCUCAACCACGACGGGCGCCAAACAAUAAAAGUCUUGACCCAAAGUCCCUCAGACAGCCUGCACAAAGCAAAUAUUUGAAGCUGUUAUAUCUGAUUUCUCCAGGCAGCCGUCACUGAAAAGAUCAACAGUGAAGGGUGUUGUUGGGAGACAGAAAGAGAGAAGAAAAAGUGGGGGAGGAAAAAGUAACCCUUUCAAAGUGCACCCUGCCUGCUAUUUCUGCUGCGCUGUGGGCAGGCAGUGUCUCAUUUGGGAGUGCUCUUGGCUGACAAAAAAAGGACUUCCCUCUGCCCUGCCUGCCUAUCCAAAUGCCUGUAUAAAUACUGGAUAGAGAUAUCAAUUUGUCUGGGCUCUAGCAUUGCCCAACAAAAAGACUGUAAGCUAUCUAUAGAAAACGUUCCAACAAACUUGGACUCUGUGGUCUCCUGAAUUGCUACCCAUCUAUUACCCCUUAAGGAAGAUCCAAGAGCUGUGUGAACAGGAAUGAGAGCUGCCACAGUUUUCUACACUUAGAAACUUUUACAAACACUCUCAUUUGGUUUGAAGUUUUCGCAGGGCCAACAACAGCUCAUUUAUUUGAAGUUUUGAUGUCUUUCCCAGCUCAGUGAAUCAACAUGAAGCCCCUAACACCAAUUGGAUCACCUUCUCCUCUGAGGCUCCUCAACAAGGGUCCAGACUACCUGCGCAGGCAGAUAGAUGGUGGAGGCCAUGGCCGCUCAAUCAGCGCUGUGGAGAGGCUUGAGGCCGACAAAGCCAAAUAUGUUAAGAGCCAGCAGGUGAUCAACACCAAACAGGAGCCUGUACUGGUGCCCUGUGCUACCCCACCACCACAGCCACGGCGAGCUGUUGCCAUCCCUGGUAGCCUGACACCUCAUCUUCCCCCACGCCAUUCAUCCAACACCCCCUUCUCUACACUGUCUGGCUCCUUCACCUCAAGAGAUGAAAAUGAAAAUGAUGACUCCAGAAAGGAGAACAGACGGACUUCUGUUGAUGUUGAGGCGCAUAACAGGAGCAAUGUGAACAAUCUAAUGCCUCCCAUCCCCAGGACUCCUGGAAAUAACACCUUGGUAGCACCACACAGUGCCCCUGUACUCAGAAGAAGCACAGGCAAGCGCAUGCUGAGGCCAGACUCCCUUGUCAUUUACAGGCAGAAGAAAGAGUGCAAGAGCCCCAGUGGUGCCGCAGUGGGAGAGAACAAUAACAUGGAAGUGAAGGGCUACAGUUUUGUCCGCCGCCUCUUCCAGGGGUCCAUGAGGGAGAAGAGUAGCGGAGGAGUCCAGAAGAUGGUGAUUGGUGAAGAGAAAGCGUCAUCACGGGAUGGAGACUCCCGCAUGUCUUGGACCAAUGAUAAAGACACUAUGGAUGGUGGACCAGGGAGCAGGCGGUCUAGUAAAACUGACCAAGAACGCAUCCCAGGGUCUAUCCCCAGCCCUGGGUUUAGCUGUACACUUGAACGGACUAAGAAUGGAUUUACAAAUGGUACCAGUGAUGGAGUUAACAAUGGUAUCACCAAUGGCAACCACUCAAGUAACCAUGAUGAUGAGAAUGACCCAUGGAAACGGGCGUCACCACUACCAGCACCCAGAAGGCAGUUUGGGGAGUUGCAGCGCUCCAAGUCAGACCUGCGUCUGCGCUGCUCAGUAGCGUUAUCAGAGCAAGAGCAUUUUUUUGACUUCUGCGGGCUGGACAUAGACAUGAUAGAGCGUCUGGGUCGAGACAAUUUCCUCUCUGGUGCCAGCUCCAUAGACACACUCUCAUUGGCCCUCCGCAGUGUAGGUGGGGAUGGCUGUGGUGGCUCAGAGCCCAGCGAGUUCUCCCGGCACUCAGGAGAUGGGCUGUUUCAGGAGGAGCUGGCUGAGCAGCUUCCCACUGGUGUAUCAAUCAUUGAGAGAAAUGCUCGUGUCAUCAAGUGGCUUUAUGGGUGCAAGAACGCUGCUCGAGAGGGACCCAAAGAGUCUACUGUUUAAUAUAGGGACAAGGAACCAUGUGUCACAGAGUGCAGAGGGUCUGAAGUUGUUUUGUCCCAAACAAGAGUUUGCUGGUUUCUUUUCUGAUGAAACAAUAACCCGGGGGAUCUGUACAUCCUUACCCAGAGAGAAGUGCAAUUGCCUUUUGUAGAAUUUGGUUCUCCAGACCUUUACCCUUUGUGCAGAAAUUUGCUGCUGAAAUGCACUACAAACCAAAAGUCAAAGCAUUGAAUCAUUACUGACUUUCACUUGAAUUUCAAAAACAACAUUUAGUAUGGACUGUGAUUAGCUAGUAGCAUUGCAGCAAUGCAUCAUAGAAGGAAGAAAUAGGACUUGUUUCUAUUUUUGAGCCGCAAGCAGCAAUGCAGCCAGUAAGAUAUGAUUAUUCUUUUAAAUUUCAAAUGAGUGUCAUUGACAGUCAACUUAGGUUUUGUUUCAGCCGCUAAUGUCUGCACGUAGGGUUAGCAUUGCAUGGCACAUGAUUACCUUUAGUCCCUUGCUCUCCCCGACUCCAAAGAGACUGUUUCUUCAACUGAGAGGACAACAACUGUUACUAGUUAUCUCAUGUCAAAUUGCUAUAUUGUAUUUAUAGAUCCUAUGGAAGUAUUGUGUGGGUAUAGACAGACCUUACUGGUGAAUGGAACAAUUUCUCCUGGAAAAAUGUUUUGGAAACUGUGUAUGUGUGUGUGUGUGUGGCUGUGUUAAGAGUGGACAUUGCUGUCCUCUCCUUUUGUAGCUUCUUUUCAGUUACUGACUGAACUGGAUUCAGAACUGAUCUGAAAUCAGCCCCUGUGACCCCUCACAAGGCACAUAAGUGUAUGUUAGUCAUGAUACAGUAGACACAGUCUAGUGUCCUUGACACCGACACCCUCCCUUCAUGACUAAAUUAAAAUGGAAAACCACUAAGCUAAGUUUUUUCUAAACUGGAAAACUGUUGUGUGAGUGUGAAGUGAACCAUGAGUACCUCAUUCGGAUCUGUCCCAGUUUAGUUUGUGUGUUGCUUUUUUUUUUACUCCUUAAACGCAGGCGUUGGAACAAACAUGCAAGGCACCCCUGUGGGGUUGUUAAUGCACUGAACUGGACAGAGAGAGAGGAAAUGAAAGAUAGAGAUAUAGCUUUUACUCUGUACAGAGAGAUUCAUCUCAUAUAAUGUUAAACACUGAGCUGGAUUCAAAGGAGCACCUGCAUCGUGGAAGACAAGGAGCCAUGCCUGGCCAGUAAUUUUCAUCAUUUUCAUCUCAUUUUCCAAACCCUAAAGAGGGUCAGUUCUCACACACUAUACACUGUCCAAUAAUCACGUGUUACACAUUCAUUGAUUAGCACAGCUAAUGGUUCAUGCAUGUUCAGUGCUCACAGCUGUUUAAGCUAUAGUUGCAGAGAUGAUAAACAGGGAAAGAUUCCUGUGAGAGCAAAACUGGACUUUUGCAAGCAAAUAUAAACACAAUGAGAAUUUAAAUCUCAAAAAAGAAGUUUCAAAAAUGAUGAAAAUUUCACAAAAUAAUAUAUUCACCUCCAAAAGUAAAGGAGCCCAAGUUGUCAAACACUUGCUGCGAAAUGUUUUAGGCUUUCACUUUUACCAUCUGGCAGUUUACAGACGUUUAACCUUCCCAGCUGGCUCAUACAGCCUGUUUCCCAUCAAAACAAGCAGGGGAGGCUGAAGCUGCCCUCCUUUCUCUGAUAACCAGAGAUCCUACCUCACUUCAUCCAUCCUUCAGUGAUUCUCACUUUAUCGCCAUGAAAGGUCAUUUCCAUUGCUUGGCCUAGAGGAUGCCACUGAAAUAUGAACUGGGGGUCUGCAGAGGUAUGCAGAGGUUAGACUGAGAGGCAUUCUGGGCUGAGUAUUACUAAAUCCAAGGUCACGUUAUAUUUGUACAUGUGAUAAAUGAACACAGUUACUUGCAUCCUUGAUAUUUUUUCUGUAUUUAUCAUCAGCAUGGCACACACCUGAAACCCCUUCAACUUGAACUUGUUUUUUAUCUCCCUGUUAAAAACCAUUUGGUUGCAUGUUUACAAAGUGGCUCCAUAAAAUUCUGAAUCUCUUUUUUAUUUGAUAUGAGAGAUUUAAUUUUUAUUCCAAAGAGGUUUGUGUAUGAUGUACACAGCAAAUAAACACAAAGAAAUAAAUAUUUGUGUGAAGGUCA